CAUUUGUUACAAUUAAAUUAACGCAAACCGAGCAUCGUAGGAUGUAUUUUCACAUUUUCCCAGUGAAGAAAACAUUUUGAUUCGCUGAAUAUUUACAUAAAACAAUAACAAAAGUUGGGAAAACUAAAGAUUACAAGAAGUUUUUGAUUGCAAAGACAUGUCAAACGACGAAAAUGAGCAAGAAAAAGAGUUAACACCAGAGGACUACAAAGAAAAAGGAAAUGCUUGUGUUAAAGAAAAGAAUUACAAAGAAGCAAUUUUGCAUUAUUCAAACGGACUUAGAAAGAAUCCUGUUGACUUUUUUCUCUACUCAAAUCGAAGUUUUGCUUAUUUAAAACUUCAUCAAUACUAUUACGCAUUGUGCGAUGCUGAGAAAGUCAUCGAAAUACGUCCAGAUUUUGUUAAAGGAUAUUUCAGAAAAGCUGAAGUGUUACGAGAAACAUUUCAAUAUGACGAAGCUUUACUGAAUUAUGGCCGAGCUCUCAAACUUGAGCCGAAUAACGAUGUAAUAAUAUCGAAUCUGAGACUGACUGCCGGGAUGUGUAACCGUGAAACAAUGCUUGAAAAGAAUGUUCCAUGGGUUGGUGCUGGAGUUGGAGUCAUAGUCGGAUGUGCCAUUGUGAUUUCAGAUCAAUUCACGAAGACUCCUUCAGUUAGACAUCCUAUUUUAAUGGUGCUUCUAGUUAUGAUUGCAGCUUCUAUUGGAUUUGCUAUUGCAAAAUCAUUUCGAUUUUAUUUGAAGUUUCACCGGAAGGGAAUGAUUGAAGCACCAACAGAACUUUCCGAAGAUUUCCUUAUCAGAGAUUCAAGUCCUGAUGCUGAUGAAGACGAAGAGCAGAUGCCCAAGAAGCGUAAUCGAUACAGCAAGUCGCAAGCUCGCUUUCGAAUGAAAAAGGCUAAAACAUAA